GCCUUUCUGGGGCCUGGGGGAUCCUCUUGCACUGGUGGGUGGGGAGAAGCGCCCGCAGCCAACCAGGGCCGGGCUGUGAUCACAGUUUCCUCUGGCGGCAUGGAAAGGCCCCACAAAGGAGCUGGGAGUUCAAGUGAGGCUGCAGCAGGCGGCCCGAGGAUGGACCCCGAGCCCGGACUGCAGAGCGCGCACUGAGGCGGCCGCCGGUCCCGUCCCGUGGGCAGCGAACGCAGGCUGGGAGCAGACUCCUCGGGCCCGGGCGGAGCCUGGGGGAGGCCAGUGAGGCAAGGCUGCUCUCGGCCAUCAGCCUGCACCGCAGGACCCCAUGGACAGGCUGCCCUGCUGACAGCCACGGGGGAGCAUGUGAGGAGCUGCCCCUGGGAGCCACGCAGGAGGGACGAGGCUUUCUUCAGACUCCAAUCACAAAGCGUAAGGGAGCGCCAUUUUGCGAAGACCAUGAAGCCGCUGAGCGCGACGUGCUGGUGGCUGGGGCUGCUGGCCGCCCUGGGAGCCGCCGCUGACCCCGAGGACGGCUUUGAGGGCACGGAGGAGGGCUCGCCCCGAGAGUUCAUUUACCUGAACAGGUACAAGCGGGCGGGCGAGUCCUCGGACAAGUGCACCUACACCUUCAUCGUGCCCCAGCAGCGGGUCACGGGCGCCAUCUGCGUCAACUCCAAGGAGCCCGAGGUGCUGCUGGAGAACCGGGUGCACAAGCAGGAGCUGGAGCUUCUCAACAGCGAGCUGCUGAAGCAGAAGCGGCAGAUCGAGACGCUGCAGCAGCUGGUGGAGGUGGACGGCGGCAUCGUGAGCGAGGUGAAGCUGCUGCGCAAGGAGAGCCGCAACAUGAACUCGCGCGUCACGCAGCUCUACAUGCAGCUGCUGCACGAGAUCAUCCGCAAGCGCGACAACGCGCUGGAACUCUCGCAGCUGGAGAACCGCAUCCUCAACCAGACGGCCGACAUGCUGCAGCUGGCCAGCAAGUACAAGGACCUGGAGCACAAGUACCAGCACCUGGCCACGCUGGCCCACAACCAGUCCGAGACCAUCGCGCAGCUGGAGGAGCACUGCCAGCGGGCGCCCGCCGCCAGGCCAGUGCCCCAGCCGCCGCCCGCCGCCCCGCCGCGCGCCUACCAGCCGCCCACCUACAACCGCAUCAUCAACCAGAUCUCCACCAACGAGAUCCAGAGCGACCAGAACCUGAAGGUGCUGCCGCCCCCUCUGCCCACCAUGCCCGUCCUCACCAGCCUCCCCUCCUCCACAGACAAGCCGUCGGGCCCCUGGAGAGACUGCCUGCAGGCCCUGGAGGACGGCCACGACACCAGCUCCAUCUACCUGGUGAAGCCUGAGAAUACCAACCGCCUCAUGCAGGUGUGGUGUGACCAGAGGCAUGACCCCGGGGGCUGGACGGUCAUCCAGAGGCGCCUGGACGGCUCAGUGAACUUCUUCAGGAACUGGGAGACGUACAAGCAAGGGUUCGGGAACAUCGACGGCGAGUACUGGCUGGGCCUGGAGAACAUCUACUGGCUCACCAACCAAGGCAACUACAAGCUGCUGGUGACCAUGGAGGACUGGUCCGGCCGCAAGGUCUUCGCGGAGUACGCCAGCUUCCGCCUGGAGCCCGAGAGUGAGUUUUACAAGCUGCGGCUGGGGCGCUACCAUGGCAACGCGGGUGACUCCUUCACCUGGCACAAUGGCAAGCAGUUCACCACCCUGGACAGAGACCACGACGUCUACACAGGGAACUGUGCCCACUACCAGAAGGGAGGCUGGUGGUACAACGCCUGCGCCCACUCCAACCUCAAUGGGGUCUGGUACCGCGGGGGCCACUACCGGAGCCGCUACCAGGACGGGGUCUACUGGGCCGAGUUCCGAGGAGGCUCCUACUCGCUCAAGAAGGUGGUGAUGAUGAUCCGGCCCAACCCCAACACCUUCCACUAGGCCAGCUCCCUCCUGACCGCCCGGCUGCGCUGGCCCCCGCCGGCUCAUCUCGGGGCAGGCAGGACUGGGACGCCGGAUUCUGGUUUCCGAAGUCACUGUGGCCGAUGAUGGAACUGAACUGGUAGAGUGGUCCCUGUCCCUCCUAGUCUCCUGCACACCACACAGCCCUCGCGUGCCCAGGACAGGACAGGACGGCAGGCAGCUCUUUCUCUCAACACACUGAGCCCCUACAGGAAGAACACAGAGCAAGACGCCGUCCUCACAUGCGCGUGGAUGAGCCACCUGGUGCACUUACGCGUGGACCACGAACACGCACCGGGACAGGCAGCCCUCGUGCUCCACCCAGUCGCUCGCGCAUUACCAACCGCUUUGCUCGUAGGAAAAGAAAACCCAGCGUGUCCUUCAGGAUGGGUUAUGCGGGUCCAAGGGCAGACCACGGGCUGCGGAGCCCCAGCUCAAACAAUUACUGCUGGCAACUGUGUGCCUGGAUUCUUCCAGAGGUGCACACAAGGCUGGGGUCUCACGCGGAGGCCCCCGGCCUGCCAAACUUCCGAAUCUCCCUCCCUCUCCUUUCUCCUGCUUCUUCCCACUCUCCGGACUCCCGCCAGGCCCCCACCGGCCCCGUGCAUCGGUUCAGCACCAUUCACUCAGGACUCCGUGCGUCAGCCCCGGGCCACUCGCUACAGUGCCAGGCACCUCCUCUGCCCGCCCCGUGCACUCUGUCUUCUGCACAGAACUUUCUUUCAGGCAAGACCCCCCUCGCCUCUGAGUAGGAGACAGUCUGGGCUCAGGUUUCUGGUCAGGAAAGGGAAGGCCAAGCCAAAAGCUCCCAGGCCACACGCAUCAUGUAUCUGCAGUUUUGUAUCUUCCAUUCGUACUCUAGCCUACGUGUCAUUGUAACCUCCACACAAGUAGUGACCCACCUUGCCAGGAGACAGUCAGCUGAAGAGCAGGCAUCGUCAGCUCGACGGGGCCCCCAACGGUACAGACCGGCGGUCCCGUGUUCUCGGGCCGACUACGCCUCCCUGGGGAACAGGGUCCCCGGGAAGUGAGAACUGACUCAGCGGGGCCGCAGGGCCCCCUGCUGCUGCCCUGCACCGUGGUGGCUUUCUGUGUCCUGCCAGCCGCAAGCGUCAGACUCAGUGCCAACGGGACUGUUGCCAAGCCCGGAGCAAGAGAUGAGGCCAGCAGGGAGGCCCUCCCGGCCAGGCGUGCAAGAUGUGGGACUGGUGGGACUGUCCACGUCUGGGUGCACGCCUAUUACCUCAGUGUUUCUCACAAAGUGUACCAUGUAGCAUGUUCUGUGUAAAUAAAACGGAGGGUUGGUUUUUUUUUUUAAUAUAUUCCCAGAUUAUCCUUGUAAUGACACAAAUUUGCAAUAAAAGCCAUCGGUGCGA